CACUCCUAUAAAGAUGAUCCCAAAACCCUAGCGCCAACAGUCUCUCCUCAUUUCAUUCUCUCUCUACCCGCCUCUCUGGUCUCCAACUCCAGACCUGAAAGAUGCCGUUCAAGCGUUUCAUUGAGAUCGGGAGGGUCGCCUUGGUGAACUACGGGAAGGACUAUGGGAAGCUCGUCGUUAUCGUUGAUGUCAUCGACCAUAACAGAGCUCUUGUGGAUGCCCCUGACAUGGUAAGAUGCCAGAUGAACUUUAAGAGGCUGUCACUCACAGAUAUCAAAAUUGACAUCACGAGGACCCCAAAGAAGAAGGCACUGAUUGCGGCGAUGGAGGCUGCAGAUGUUAAGAACAAGUGGGAGAACAGCUCUUGGGGCAGAAAGCUGAUUGUUCAGAAAAGAAGGGCCGCUCUUAAUGAUUUCGAUAGGUUCAAGCUCAUGUUGGCAAAGAUCAAGAGGGCUGGUUUGGUCAGGCAAGAGCUUGCGAAGUUGAAAAAGCAGAGCGCCUAGGUAUAAGAUUUUAUGGGAUUCCGAAUUCUGUUAUGAAAUUUCCCCAAGUUCUCCAGCAUUGAUUUUUGGCUGAUUUUACUGUUUCAUAGUUUUAAGAACCAGGUUAAGAACUAAGUUUUGUAUUCUAUGAGACAUAAGUGUUCAGUACUAGUUUUUGUUGAGGGUUCUACUUUGAUUCUGUGACUCAUUAUUUUGCCACAUUUCGUUACAAGUUCAAUUUCGGUUCUUGUGAUUCAGUAAUAUGCUGCAUCGAAUUUGGAUGGCCUCUUGAUGUACCUAAUUUUUAUGUGAGACGUGUGCCUAA